GAAAAAGUAAAACUUUGGAUAAUCAUUCAGCUGAUUUUGGUCAAAGGUAAAAGAAAAAAAUACAAUGUUUAGAAACGAUAUCCCGGCACCGACGAGUCCGAGGAGCAGGAUCUGGGUGAGAAACCUACCGCCUUGCACCCGCCAGGAGCUGGUUAUGCUCUGCUUGCCCUUUGGCAAAAUCCUUGGCUCGCUGAUCGUUGAUAACGAAGGGUUCAUCCAGUUUGCUAGGGAGAGCGAGGCCACGAGCGCCAUAGACGCGCUCGACCAAAUUGUCUUCAAAUCGAAGGUUCUCCAGGUCUCGAACGCCACCUUUCCUCCAAUCGAAGGCGGUCAGGUGUUAGUUUGGUAUGAUGAGGAUGGAGUAUACUUCGAGGAUGAAUUUUAGGAUGACGAUGACGAUGAAGGCCACCCUGGCCAGGCAGGAAUUGUGCACAAGCAAGAGGAAGAGAAAUACGAACGGCAAAAACACGAAUUAAAAGAUGAAUAGUGUGGUGUAUCGACAAGCAAAGCAAAGAAGAAUCUCUGCAAAAAAAAAACACUUCGACUCUCUACAAGAAGAAAACAUCAACAGUCUACAAGAAGAAGAUCGCACCAAAUUCCUGGAAGAACGACUCACCAACAUAACUCAAUUCCUAUACUUAUACACGUCUGAAAUAUGAUCUGAAAU